UUUUAUGUUUGUGCUGUGAAUUCUCAACUUAAAUACAAACACUUUAUAAAGAUGGAAAGAUGUGCGGAAGUGUUCGCGAUUGUAAUUGCACUUUCUGCAGCGACUUUGGCAAACAAAGCUGUGGACGAGCAUCAGUUGGAUAAAAAACUCUCAUCGACCUUCUGCAAUGGGCGCAUCGAAUAUUUUGAGGAGAAAUUAGCAUUGAAAACCAAGGAAGUUGAUGAACUCCAAAAGAAAGUUGAUAAAAUAAAUCAGAAGGGAGAUAAUGUUGUUGUUCUCGAUGCUCUGAAAGAAGAUAUAGAAACUUGCCAAAAGGAAUUACGUGAAGUGGAAUCUAAUGUAGAGAAAUAUGAAGAUCAGUAUCUCAAGAAGAAAGCAGAGCUUGCUGACGCCAAAGAGGAAUUGAUAGCUCUUAGGAAAGAAAACCAUUUAAAUGUGAGCAAAUUGAACAAACCAUAUCUGGAAUGUAUAGAGCAGUUGAAACUACUCAAGUACCAGCAAUUUCAAGUAAAUCAAUAUUUUGAAGAGCACAAAAAGCGUGAAUUAGUUAUAUUGGACAAUAUUGAAGAAUGUGAGAGAACAACAAUGAAAGUUGAAGAAGAAAUGGCGAAAUAUGUCGAUAUGGUAUUCAUGACAAUGCAUUUAGAAUUAUUAAGAGUUGAGAGGAGAUCCCAAGAACUGACAUGCGAUGCAAAACAUUUUGCUAAACGAUGGAUUACAUUUUCAAGUAGGGGAGGUAGCGGACGCAAAUUUAAUGUGGAUGUGAAUGCACUAGCUGAAGUAGCGGGACAUACGGCACGCAAAGCAAGCGAGCUAUACGUUAAUUUGGUCGAUAGGAAUGGAAUGAUCUUCUACGCCAGAUAUAAUAAUUUUAAAAUCGCAAAUAAAACAGAGGAUUUCAAAUUGCUAUCGCUUGGACAAUAUACGGGCACCGCUGGCGAUGGCAUGCGAAUCUUCGAAGGAAAGCGCUUUUCGACGAAGGACAGCGGCCCUAGGAAAGAAUGUGCUGAGAAAAACAACGCUAAUUGGUGGUAUGGUGAAUGCAAUCCCAGGUUUAACGAAUGGCUAGCUUCUGAUUCUAUUGCCUACCCCUUGAAAAAAUUUUCACUACGACUUUUAAGUCCUGAAAAUCCUAUACACUAACUUAUUUCAAACUCCUUCGCAUGAAGUUUCGAAAACUGGAAUACAGAAAUGU